CUUUUGCGGUGACUAGGCACAUGCAUGCCCAACUCUGCUCUGAACAAAGUGAGUUGAGGUUGGCAGCUCUCUUGUGCCAAUAAUUUUUUUUUGUUCAUGCGUUGUGGCCAGAAUUAGAAUAAAGGAUUCCUGGUGCAUCAACAUCUGUUGACAAUGACGUUCGAGUCUUUGGUGAUAUUGUCCCGGAACCAGUAGCCAGUAGGGGUUGCCCUUCUGAUGCUAAACUUGCAUUAUUAGCAUUACUUUUCUGCUUCGCUUUGAUGAAAGGACCAAGGAAUGAAUAAAGGGAUGGUGCAGCUGAGAGCACUUAGCUUUUACUCUUUGCCUUCAGAGUCACUGUUUUUCAUCUAGUACCCCAGAAAUGAACUGUGCUUGUUUUACACCAGUCUUGUUUGGAUAGGAGGAGGUUAAGCCCUAUCCAUUAAGAUCGAUAGGGAUAUUAGUGUGAUUACCAUGCCAAAUUGAAUGGGUAGUGUCUAAUCCCUUCAUAUUGAACCAAAACCGGCAUGGGAUGUUCUGGGCUAUAUGCAUAAACAUUAAUUUGUAAUACAUGCCAUUUUUUGAACUUUUUAUUGACUAGUUAUGUAGGGCCAUUGUGAUUUUUGUGGUAUAUGUUAUAUGAGGGUAUGUAACUUCUCAACUCUCAAGGCUAGGACUCAGUUGAUGUGACGGUAUCAAGAUGAUAUGGUUAUGGUAAAUUGGUUAUAUGACCUCAAAACUGUACAUUUGCAUCCUUUUACAACCAAACUUGGUGGCAUGAUGUUCUGUGUACCAGUGCCCGACUGCAUUUGACUGCACAAAUUCCAUGUCUGAGAGAGCCUUGGAACCUACCAUAUGGGACAAUGAGGGAGUUAAUACAUCUACUUCACAUCAUUUCAGCAUUGGUAACCUAGGCUCUAGCCAUCAUGGCAGGGCUUAGUACUGGAGCACCGAUUGUGAGGGUGUAUCAUGAGAAAUCUAUGAUCUUACCUGAUGUGUCAAGGGUGCUUGCAUGCCUGUAUGAGAAGGAUAUAAAGUUUGAGACUCACACAGCUUCCUCUUACAAGAGCCUACUUAGACUUCAGGCAUCGAAUCAUGCUCCAGUUCCAUUCUACGAUGGACAUACAUUCCUUGAAGAAUCAAGAGAAAUCUGCCGCUAUAUAGCAGAAACUUAUGAACAUCAUGGAUAUCCGUUCCUCCUUGGGAAGGAUUCCCUUGAGAGGGCAUCCAUCGAGCAAUGGCUCCACCAUGAAGAACAUGCUUUCAACCCUCCGAGCCGGUCCUUGUUCUGCCACUUGGCCUUUCCCCUUGAUGAAGAAGAUGAUGGUAUAAACUUGCAGAAGAGAAAACUAGAAGAAGUUCUGGAAGUUUAUGAGCAAAGGCUCGGUGAUAGUGAAUUCCUUGCUGGCAACAAGUUCACUCUUGCUGACCUAGUACACCUGCCAAACUCCUACCACAUCACAGAAUCUGAAGAGUUUGUGUACCUAUAUGACUCAAGGAAGAAUGUGCAGAGGUGGUGGAAUGCAAUUUCUACCCGGGAUUCUUGGCAGAAUGUGCUUAAGGAUAUAAAGAAGGUGGUGCAGCAGCACAGACAGGAGGAACUUGAGAAGCAACAGUGGCUGAGAGAGCAUCCUACAACCACCAGACUCCGCAGUCGUCUAGACUCUAGGAAGCAUACUAGCACAAAAUCUCAGACAAUAUUGGUUCCUCCUGUUGGUAUCAUCUCAACAUAUCCCAUGGCUCCUCGAGCAGAGAAGCCUCGUCCUACCAAAAUUUCCACUGGUGAGGCACAAGUAUCCUCAAGCCUAAGUACUCCUUCCUCUCGUAAAUCUUCAGCUGCCCGAAGCAAACACCCUAGCAUUUUCACUACACAUCAAGAAACUCCACCAGCCUCAGUCCAAGGUACUUUUGGUGUUCCUGAAAAACCUCCAAUGCCUGUCCAAAGAAGAAGCAACUUCUUUAUGCCAGCUACCUCUCCCACCACUUCUGAUAAGAAGCCCUCAAGAAAUGAUGCUGAUAUAUCCAGCACUACAGAUGUCUCACUUCCAUCUAAAGCCACUGAAAUAGACCUCCCAAUAGACCUCCCUACUAAAUCCAAGCCAAGUUCAUUCAAGGAGGCACCUAAUAACCUUCAUGUGUUUGAUUUCUACAAGGCAAGCAGCCAUACUGAUGAAACAGAACCCUACAUUAAACCAACUCCACAAAGAACUUCAGAAAUGUUGGACAAAAUCUCUGAAACUGGUGGGCCCAGAUAUUCCACUAAUCAUGCAAAAACCAGUCCAAGAUCAGCCAAAGAAGAUCCUGAGCAACUCAGUGCAUCAAGUUUCUAUAAGACUGACAGCACAACCAGCAAUGCUGAGUCCCAGGAUAAGGGAUCAGUUUCAUACACUGAGCGUACUCUGCAAAAAUCUUCUGAAAUUAUUUAUGGCAGAUCUGCUGACCAGGGAGCUUCAUAUACUUCUGGGAAGCCCCAUUCAGCUGAAGCUCAUCAGAAACUGCUGGCUGAGCAGUGGCAUGCUGCUACAGCUGGUUUGAGUAAUCUAAAGAGAGAAACUGACCAUUUAAUACCUACCCAACAAGUUAAACCUAGCACUGAUGUGCAACAGAACUCAUCACCCAAUUCAGAACAACCAAACACUCGUCCUCUUGCUCAAGAACCAGUGAUUAUGGAUGGUCAACUGGUUGAAGAACGACCGGAAAUGACAACUCCAGCACGAUACACUGGUCCGAGAAGAGAUGUUUCUUCUGUGCUUUGGCAACAAGCUGCUGAUGUUCGACGAAUUGCUGAGGAGGACGAUGCAUCAUCAGAUCCUAGAGGUGCUGAACGUCCUCCUUAUACACGCAAGCACACUGAGGAAGCAAAUAUUGUCUCUGCUGAUCGGAGAAAAUAUGCUUCAGUGCCAAAGCGUGUAACAGAUGAAGCUCCUCAAGGUAUACCAUUCCAAACAGCAUAUGAUGAGCGUCACGAGACCACCCAGGAAGCAAGAGAAACUGCUUCUGCACAAAGGGAAAGAAGGGCUAAAGAUGCACAUGAUAGCUCUGAAGGAAUAGGGACGUACCACUCUGCAUCCUCUGGAUCACAACCGUCAGAUGCUCCAGGGGAUGAUCGUCCUCCACCGAAGCAGGCAGCAUUUGAAGGCCCUCGCCGUGCAACGGCACCACAGUCAGGUCCUCAAGAGCUCAUCAUACAAGCUAGGGAAACUCCUGCAUUAAGGCCAACAGUACCUCAUGAUGCCCAAGGCAGCACUGAAGAAGAGACAGUGGAUGCUUCAUCAUCCAAAUCACAGCUACUGGAUUCCCAUCGGGCUGAUGCUCGUCCACCAAUGCAAUUUUCGGAUGAAGCAAUUGCACCAUUGCAAACAGGAUACACAGAUGCUCCAUAUAACAGGAAGCGGGAUAGAGAAACAGCUGCUCCCAAGCAGAUGAUGGCUGAAGAUGACGCUCCUCAACAAAAACUACCACCAGCUGAAGAUCCUCAAACUACUACACCAUUCAAGAAACGAUAUUCUGCUGCUGAAGGUACUACAAGACAAUCUAAACUUGCUGCUUCUAGGACAAGGAAAAUGGCAGCUCAAGAAGUUCAAGACAACUUUGAAGAAAGUAAGGCUGGUGAUUUCUGGUCUCCCAGAGAACGACCUUCAGAUAAUUGGCGAGCUCGUAGCCCACUCCCAAGUCAUGAAGUAAAUGAUGCCCGCAGCAUGAUAGCACCAUCCCAAAAGAGAUAUCCUGACACCAGAGGCAACACAAAGGAAGUGGAAGACAUUUCUUCUAUGCCACGACAAAUGGCAGGUGAAGAUGCUAAAGAAACAAAAAAUUCUGAGUCUGCGUCAUCCCGAGCUGAACCUUUGGAUUAUCAGAGAACUGAAGCUCCUUCACGAAAGCAAGAAGCAAUUGAAGAUCCACGUGGUGCAACUUCACCAUUUGAAAUAAGAUAUGCUGCUGUUCAAGACACCACCAAACAUCCCAGAGACACUGUUUUUAAGCCAAGUAAAAUGGUGGUUCAAGAUGCUCACGGUACCUCUGAAGAAGCAGAGGCUCGUAAGUCUGCAUCAUUUAGAGAACAACCUCCAGAUGCCUGGCAAUCUGCAAUUACUCCAUCAAAGCAACCAGCAGAUGAAGACACUCUCAGUCUAAGUCGACCAUCCCCAACAAGAUAUCCAAGAGCUGAAGAAACUAGGAAGCAACCUAGAGCCGCUGCUUCUAUACCAACACAUAUAGCAGCUCAAGAUGCUAGGGAUGUCUUGAGAAAAUCAAAUGUUGCUGAUUUCACAUCAUCUGAAGAGCAACCUUCAGACGCUCAAGCUGCUAUUUCCUUCCCGAAGCAAGAGGUAUCUGAUGCUCGUGGCACAACUGUACCAGUCCAGAAGAGAUACUCUGAUACCAAAGGCACCACCAAGAAAGCAAAAGUUACCUUUGAAGAAGCAAAAACUCAUGAUUCUGCAUCAUCGCAAGUGCAACCUUUGGAUUCUCAGAGAGCUGAUGCAACUGAAGAUCCUCUUCGUGCAACUUCACCACUGAAAAAGAGACACUAUGUUGAAGGCACCACCAAACAAUCAAGGGAGAAUGCUUUUAAGCCAAGGAAAAAUGUGGAUCAAGAUGCUCAAGGAACUGAUGGAGAACCAAAGGCCGGUGAUUCUGCUUUUACUAGAAAGCAACCUUCUGAUACUUGGCAAGCUUCAAAUACUCCAACAGGGCAAGUACCAACUCAAGAUGAUCCCAGAUUGACUCUGCCAUCUGAAGUAAUAAGUGAUGAACAUAACAUCAAGCACCCUAGAAGAACUGGUUCAACACGUAGACGGAUAUCACCUCAAGAUGCUGCUGACACAUUUCAAGAUUCAAAGCCUGCUGAUUCAAUGUCAUCUAGGGAGCAACCUUUGAGUGCUUGGCAACCAGCUGUUACUCCACCAACACAAGAGAUCAAAGAUUCUCAUAGCACAACUUCAGCAUUCCGGAAGACCUCUCCUUAUGUCGAAGAUAGAACUAGGCCAGCAAAACCUACAUACACUCCACGAACUGCUCUUCCUGUGUCAAAGCAAGCAAAAGCUGAAGAAGAUGCUCAGGAUAAAGGCAUAGAAAAUAGAGAAACUAUCUCUGCACCAAAUACAGUGGUGUACAGAGAUGCUCAAGACACAUAUGGAGAAAGAAAAACUACUGGUUUUACAUCAAGAGAUUCUCAAGGCCCUAUCAAGGUGGAGAGACCACCUUCUGUUUAUCAGGAGGACCCUCUGGUUGCACAAGAUGGCCGUGAGCAAGCUCAAACCCUCCCAGCUAUGAGAGCAGAUGGCUCUACACAAAAGCGUCGACAAGCUCCUGUUGUUCCAUCCACUUCCGAAGACAAACCAACUCCCCAAGCACCACCCAGAGCAAAAGUUCAUGAUGGCCACAGCACUGAAGAACCGUUUAAAAGUGACAGUGUUCAUGAUCAUAAAGAGGCACCACUCCUAUUUGGCCAAGGACCAACUUCCCAAGUCCAAGAUGCCACUGAACUAUUACAAGAAGCUCCUGAUGGAGAUAUGUCUAGCAAAUCCUCCACCAUUGAUCAGUGGCGGCGCACAUCUGUGCCAUUACAAGAUGUAACUUCUAAUUCUGAUGAUGAGGUGCUGGGUGUGUCUACCAUUGAUCAAGAGCCAACACCGAUGAGUCAACAACCAAUUCCCAGUGCUAGGGGUGCCAAUGAGAUGAUCAAAAGGCCAGUUGAGCAAAUAAUGGUACCACCUGCACCAGCAAGAGCACAAACAACCGAUGUUCAAAAGCGUCGACAAGAUCCUGUUGUUACAUCCAGUUCUGAAGAGAAACCAACUCCCCAAGCACUAUCCGGAGCAAAAGUUCAUGAUGGCCACAGAACUGAAGAACCGUUUAAAAGAGACAGUGUUCAUGAUCAUAAAGAGGAACCACUCCUAUUUGGCCAAGAACCAACUUCCCAAGUCCAACAUGCCACUGAACUGUUACAAGAAACUCCCGAUGGAGAUAUGUCUAGCAAAUCAUCCACAAUUGAUCAGUGGCGGCGCACAUCUGUGCCAUUACAAGAUGUAACUUCUAAUUCUGGUGAUGAUGUGCUGGGUGUGUCUACCGUUGAUCAAAAGCCAACACCAAAGAUUCAAGAACCUGCACCAGCAAGAGCACAAAAAACCGAUGUUCGACGUGCUCCACCAUCAUUCCCAGGAGCUGACAGGGCCGAGGGAGCUGGGCAAGUACAAAUGCAAGCUGUGGAUGGUCGUGCCACUUCAGUGCCUACCAGGAAAGCAACUCGUGAAAUUGGUGAUCAAGAGUUUGUUGACACAUCUGAUGGCCAGAGAUCAAAGGCCCCAGAAGCCAAGUAUGAUUCAGCAAUCCAUGAAUAUGUUCCUGAUGCCAGUUUGUCAACUCAUGGUGCUACUGUUGGUGACAAGACAACAUUCAAUGCUAGUGAAGCACAAGGUUCAGAAACUCGGCCUGGUUCAACAGAAACCCCAGUAAAUGAUCGACCUACCAGUGAUGAUGAGCUUGUCGGAAGAUUUUUACGUGAUCAAGGGUCACAACCACCUGAAUCAACUCAGACACAAAAACCGGUUGAGGCUCCACGUGAUUCUGUAUCAAUACAAGAUGUACCUAACAACGCCUUGGACACAACCAAAAUUUCCAAGCCAACCUUAACUGAAAGCAUGACACUAACAACAACGUUGGAGGCCCAACUUGCUGAACAGAAAUUUGCUCCAUCAGAUAAAAAAUCAGCUCGUGCUGCAGAACCCUUGUCCUUUGUUGAAUCAAGAAACGGAGAUAUUACUGUUUCUGCAGCGGACCAAAACAAGACACCACAGACAAUUUUCCGUCACCAAGUGAGACCACCUACACCAAUCACAAGAGAAGUUCCAUCUUCAGAUACCCAACAUAAUGCAAGAAAAAUUCAGCAAGUCACUCUUGAUAAUCUUCCCACCGAUGAUUCACCAAUGCCAUUUGUUCCAAGUCAUGAACAAGUUUCCCAUGCACAACAAACAAUACCAAGCAAAAAACACACUACACCUGCACCAGGUGCAAGAGACUCUCCAGCCUUAGAUUCCCAACCUACUUCAGCAAAAGUGCAAGAAGUCAUUCCUGAUAAUUAUGACACUGAUGGAUUAACAGGGCCAUUUGCCUCAACUGAAAAGCAAGGACCAUGGCCUGAUGCUCAUGAUGUUCUAGAUGAUGGGGAUAAAAUUAAAUCUCCAUUUCAGCAAUCACCAGUUUUAGAAUAUAAGUCUGAUGCAACACCAACUGAUAGUUAUGUUCAUCCCACCAGUGGUGAUGUGCCAAGAAUUUUGCUUGAUCAGGGUGCAGAAUCACCUACAACAACUGAAUCAACAAAUCCUAAGGAUCAACCCAUCCCUGCAUCGACCCAUCAUAUACCUGCUAAUGCCUUGUUCAACUUGAAGAAACCCGGGCCACUUUCACCUGAGCAAGAAGCAAUUUCAUCUACACCAGACCAAGCAUCACACUUGGAAGCUGAAUCUGAUUCUGCAAUGAGUGAGGUACUUCCUGCUGCAAAGAAAUUUGCCCCAUCAGAUCAAGAUUCAGUUCAUGCUGCUCAACAACCUUCCCCAGCUGAGGCUAGGAAAGAACAGACUGUUGCUGCAGUUGAACAGACACUGCCAGCAAUCGUUGGUCAAAAACACACGCAAGACAUGAGAAAGGCUCCAACCUCAGAUUCUCGAAAUGGUAGACCUGAUGAAGUAACCUUUGCUGAACAGAGAUUCACGCCAAAAGAUCAAGAUACACAAUCGACUUCCUCUGCUGAGCCACAUAAUGAGGAUAGUAAAGAUCCAGCUAGGUCUACGAAACCACUUUUCCCUGCUGCACCUGAUCAAACCAAGGACUCACAAACAACUAUUAGUCAACAAGACAUAGCGCCUUCACCAGGAACAUCAAAAUCUACAUCCUCAGGUACCCAGCAUGCUUCAGGGAAAUUCGAGAAAGUUGCUCCUGAGGAUCACAUUGUCGAGUCAAUUCGAAACCAAGGAGAAGCGUCACGUGUCAAGCCGGCUUUAGAACCAUCUAAAGCCCCAUCUCGUGAUGCAAGCAGUAUGAUCUAUGAAGAUAGAAUGAGAGCUCCAUCUAGCCAAGCACAAAGUUCAGAUCCGAAUACCAAUUCCACACAAAACAUUGAGCCAUCAGCAAGAUUGUUACCCAAUCAAGUAGCACAACCACAUACAGAAAGUGAAGCAACACCACCUUUCAUGGGCAUAUAUGACUCCAAAUCCACCCAAGAUGUAAUUGAGGACAACUUAGGCAAUGUCAAGUCACUGGAACCAUCCUCUAUGGAUCAAGAAGCCACGGCCUCAGCAUUAACUCCUUACACUGAUCUUGGUAGUGCACCAGGGGAAAUAGCUCCCGCCAGACAGAGAUCACUCUUGAAAGAUCAAGAUUCAGCUCUCUCUGCACAAAAGUCUUCCUCUAGUGAGCCAAUGGGAGAUCAUUCUACUGUUUCUGCACAUAAUCAACACAAGGUGUCACAAACUAUCAUUGGUCAACAAGAUAUAGCACCUACACCAACCAAAAUGAAAGAUCCAUCAUCAACUCCUGAUCCGCAUGGUGCCAUUGUUGAGGAAUCCAUGGCACAUACGACAAGCCCAGCACUAUCCACACAUGGUCAACAUGAUCAAGAUUCAGAUCAUCAAGCACAGCCACGUGCCUCUGAUAGAUCAAGGGAACAAGAGAGACAUGUUGAUCAAACUAUAGUGCAGCAAAGGAUCUUUGGUCAUCAAGUCAUAGAGCCUUCACCAGGCAAACGUGAAUCUUCUGCGGAAGUUCUGGAAGUCGGUCCUGGGGAUCACCGACCCAGUGAAUUGAUUAAACCACUUAUUCCAAGCCGUAAGCAAGAUUCUUAUAUUGGAUAUCCUGAUGCACAUGGUGCUGUUGCUGAUGAAAGGACACCGCCACCUCUGGUUAGCCCAGCACAUGGUUUAGAUGCUGGGCUUAAUUCCGCACCAGCCACAGCCAGUGAUGAUGUUAUUCCUACCAGUAGCGAUGAGCCAGUCACAGGACCUGUCCAUGGACAUGAGAACAAGUUACCAGCUGCAUUUCAAGCAUCCCUAACUCCGGAGGCUCCACAUGACUCCAUAUACCCUAAAAAUGUAGCUGCUGAUGCCUUAGGCGACGUUGAACCUCUGGAAGCAACCAGUGAAGUAACCCCUGCUGAUCAAAACAUGGUUCCAUCAGAACCACUUUCCGUCAUUGAGUCAAGAAAAGAAGAGUCCACUGUUGCUGAAGCUAAAGAAAGUGCAGUGUCUCAACCAGUCAUUGGUCAGCAAGACAUUAGGCUACCUAGCAUUUCAGAACCUGUCAUUGAUGAUGAUCACAACAAGGAACCAGUUUCGAGGGAAGAACAAGUUUCUCAUAGUCAACGUGCUUCCGAGCCACAUGAAGGAUCACCUCCCGAUGUGCAUGGCACUUUUGUCGAUAAAAUGAAAACUCCACGUUCUAGUCUGGAAAAAAGUUCAGAUGCAAUUCCUGAUGCGCUACGAACAAGUCUUGAUGUUGAUCCUACCAGUGGCGAACAACCAACUACAAGAUUUUUACGUGAUCAAGGGGCACAGCUACCUGCAACAACUAAGUCAGCACCCUACCCUGAAUCGAACCAAGUUGUACCUAAGUCUUCCCAACCACCAUCUGCUGAUCAAGAGGUCCUGUCACCUACAGUCGUUCCAUCAUCAGCUCCAGACUCUCAACUUGGUGCAGCAUCAGAUGAAAUAGCUCCCGAUGAACAAAAAAUAUCUUUGUCAGCUCAAGAUUUACCUCGUACUACACAACCACGUUUGUCUGUUGAGCCAACAAAAGAAAAGACCGUCAUUGCUGCAUCCAAUCAAACCAAUGAGGCACGGAUAAUAAUUAGUCAACAAGGAAAAACACCUAGUGCGGACAAAGAAAGAACUCCAUUUGAUUUUCAUGCCAGUGAAUUAGCAAAACCACUUGAUGAGAGCCAAGAGCAAGCUCCACAUGAUGGAAGUGCUUAUGAACAGCGUAAAGGACCAACUCCUGAUGUGUAUGGUGUUGUUGAUGAAAAGAUGCCACUUCCAUCUAGAAACUCAGACACUAGGCCUGAUUCAGCACGAAUCAGUGGUGAUGCUCGUCAUACAAGUGGUGGUGGGCCAGCCACAAGUUCAAUACACGAUUCACAGGCACAGUCUCCUGCAGGACCAAUUGAGGCUUUAGGUGGUCCAAAGAUCAUUAAUAAUGUACAUGAUGAUUUCUUGGAAAAAAUCAAGUCACCAAGACCACCCUCCACUGAUCAAGAACUCAUGACACAUAUGACUAGUCCAGCACCAGCUCCGGAUGCUCCACAAGAUCAAGAUUCAGUUCAUUCUACAAAGUUGUCUCCCUCUGUUGUAUCAAGGAAAGAUUUUGCCAAUGCUGAUCAAGAAAAUGUAUCACAAGCAGGCCUGAGAGAGCCCACAAGUUCAGAUACUACACGGCCUUCAGAGAAAACACAAGAAUUUAGCCCUGAUGCUUAUCUCACCAAGUCGGAGAACCCACUUCUUCCUAUGAAAGGUAUUGAUCCAAGUCAUCGACAAGAUUCCAGUACACCACAAACAAUUCCUGAUCAAGAAGGCACGACACAUGCAUCAGGCACAAGGGACUCUCCGCCCUCAGAUACCCAACUUGCUUCAGCAAAAGUUCAGGAAGUUGUCCCUGAUAAUUACGCUGAUGAAUUAACAUUCCCAUUUGUCUCAAGUGAAAAACAAGAUACCUAUGCUGGAUCCUCUACUGAACCGCAUGAAGGACCAUCUCCUGAUGCUCAUGGUGCUGUAGCUGAUAAGGACAUAACUAAAUCUCCAUCCAGGGAAGCCACAGUAUUAGAAGCUGGGCCUGGUUCAACGCCAACCGAUAGUUAUGUUCGUCCCACCAGUAAUGAUGAGCCAGGAAUUAUGCCUGAUCAGCGUAAAGAAUCACCUACAGCAGUUCAAGCAACAUAUGGUGAGGAUCCAAGUAACUCUGCAUCCAACCUUGAUAUACCUGGUAAUGCCUUGGACAACUUUAAAAAACUUGGGCCAGUUUCAACUAAGCAAGAAGCCAUUUCGUCUACACCAGGCCAAGCAUCAGAGUUUAAUGCUCAACCUGAUUCUGCAAUGAGCGAAGUAGACCCUGCUUCAAAGAAAUUCGCGCUGUCCGAACCACUUUCCGUCGUUGAAUCUAGGAAAGAAGAGUCUAGAACUGCAGAAGCUGUUGAGAGCAAAGUGUCCCAACCAGUUGUUGCUCAGAAAGACAUUAGGCAUGUACCAGGCAUUUCUGGACCUGUGCUUGAUGAUGAUCGCAACAAGGAACCAGUUUCAAGGGAAGAACAAGUUUCUCAUGGUCACCGUGAUUCUGAGCCAUGUGAAGGAUCACCUCCUGAUGUGCAUGGCACCUUUGUCAACAAAGAGAAAACUCCACCUUCCAGUCAAGCAAAAAGUUCUGAUGCAACUCCUGAUUUGCUUGAUCCUAGCAGUAGUGAACAGGCAACCACAAGAAUUUUACAUGAUCAAGGGGCACAACUACCUGCAAGAAUUAAGUCACCACUCUACUCUGGAUCCAACCAAGUUGUACCUAAGUCUUUAGAAGCACCAGCUACUGAUCAAGAAGUCCUGUCACCUACAGUGGUCCCAGCAUCAACUCCAGACUCUCCAUUUGGCACAGCAUCAGAUGAAAUAGCCCCUGCUAAACAGAACUUAUCUUUGUCAGCUCAAGAUUUAGCCCGUUCUGCGCAACCAACUUUCUCUGUCGAGGCAACAAAAGAAGAGACUAUAGUUGCUGCAUCUGAUCAAACCAAUGAGGCGCGGACAGUAGUUGGUCGACAAGGAAUAAUGCCUGCUGCAGACAAAGAAAAAACUCAAUUUGCCCUUCAUGCCAGUGGAUCAGCAAAAUCACUUAGUGGGAGCCAAGAACAAGUUCCCCAUGCUGGAAAUGCUUAUGAACAACGUGAAGGACCACCUCCUGAUGUGCCUGGUGCUGUUGACGAAAAGAUAUCACUUCCAUCCAGCCAGGCACAAAACUCAGAAAAUAGACCUGUAUCAGCUCCAGUAAGUGCUGAUGCUCAUCGUACAAGGGGUGAUGGGCCAGCCACAAGUUCUUCACGUGAUUCACAGGAACAGCCUCCUGCUGGAACUCAAGCAUUACCAGUAGAGGCUUCAGGAGGGACUGAGAUCAUUCAGAGUGUACCUGCUGGUUUCUUGGAAAAAAUUGAGUCUCCAAGACCACUCUCCGAUCAUGAAGAAUUCAUUGCACCUAUGGAUAACCCAGUACCAGUUCCUGAUGCCUCACAAGCUGCCACACCACAUCAAGAUUCAACUCAUUCUGCACAUCUGUCUCCCUCUGUUGUAUCAAGGGAACAUGUUGCUGAUGCUGAUCAAACCAAUGUGUCACAAGCAUCCAGCAGUCUAGAUGCGGUACUGUCAGCAGCAGGCUUGAGCGGGCCGACACAUUCAGAUACUACACGCCCUUCAGGUAAGGAUCCAGUUCAGUCUCCAGAUAAAGCUUCCUUUGAUUUGACAAGAGAUGAGAAAACGACUAUGAUUAAAGGUGAUCAGGCCAGGACCAUAUCAAAUGUCAGUCUUUCGGCCAGUCAAGCAGUUGGUCAAUCUGAAAGUGGUGCUGUCAAAGGAGCCUCUGAAGAUUUAGUGUCAUCAUCCUCCCAAAACAAUCUCAAAGGAACUUCAAAUGGAGAGAAGUCUAUGGAGCAACAGCAAACUGACCAGUCCAGCACUAGAUCAUCUAAAGAUGACGGCAUACAAACCAGUGGAACCGCAAGACCUAACAUCUUAACAGAAUCUGGAGAUGCACAGCCUUCACUGCUCAAGGAAAGCAUGAAUGCAACCGAAGAAUCCAGCAAAAACCAAGAAGUUGACCGAGCUGUUUUUCAGUCAAUACAGGACAGUAAAAGGCAAUUAGAAGAAACUGAGGCGCAAGACACUGGAACUAAUGAUGCUGAAGAGACGAAUUUCCAUCAAAAUAUGAAUCCAAAGAACAAUGGAUCAUCUCAAAGGAAUGCUUUGGAACAACCAGGAGAACCGCUCCCGGGGGUUCAGCUUCGGAGCAACAACACAAACAAUGGUUCCAAACCAACAAAAGAUGUACCAAGUAGCAUCCAAGCCGAUGAUAAAUCUGAGAGAAACUUGAGAACAUCUGAAGAAUCCAAGCAACAAAUACAGAUGGAAGACAAAACUAAAGGUGGUGAAACUAAGGCAGUAGCUUCUAAAACUGAGCAGCCUGAAGAAAGAGAUCCCCCAUCAAGCAAUAAGAGUAUCACUAGUCAAUCUCAGGCAGAACCCUCAAAAAACUUGGAAGAACAGGCUUCCUCGAGUAUUCAGAAUCGGGAUACAAACUCUAGCAAAUUGGAUGGCUCAACCGAUGACAUGAAGUCUGGCAAUAUGGAAGAUAACUCAUCCGCAUGAAUUAUAGUGGCAAGGUUCGCCAACCCACACAUGAUGCCGGAGUGUACUACUGAACAAAAAUCAAAGAGGAGAAGAAAGACGCACCAAAGGCAGCAGGUAUCUCGAUGAUGAUGAUGAUGAUGAUGAUGAUGAUGGGGAGCGACCUGAAGAUCAAAACCCAGACUAUGAAGCCAUGGAUUUUGUGACGAUUUUUCUAUUUUUCUCGCAGAUUGGUUUCAUUUUCGAAGAAGAAAUCUCUUGUUUAUAUGUUGUGUUUUCUCUUGCACUAUAUAUGCGUGUACAAGUGUGCAACAUUAAGACGAUAUUCAUUCGCUAAAAAAACAUUAAGACGAUAUUCAUGUAAAUUGUGGUAACCGCUGCUCCAGAUUUCUGUAAAAUUGUUUGCACGUUUUAACCUGCUU